GAGAAGAUCCAAAUAUAAUAAAAGGAAAUGGUCCAAACAACUUUUAUAAGUAGAUUUUUUGGGACUCCUUCCUUUUUAAUAGUAUUGAUGCAUACUUUGCAAUUGAACCAAGGUCAUAGAUUUCAUAUCCAAUAACCGGAGCUAAACCAAUUCGUCACACAGAGAGAAAAUAACUACAUAAGGGUGGUAUGUGUAACGUUGCAAAUGUGCAUAUAUUUAACGAAUAAUGAUAGGACACUGAAACGAAAAGAACGAUCAUAAUAUAUAGGAGCGAUAAGAAAAGGAAAUAUAACCCUUUAACAAAGAAAAAAAGGAGCUGUCCUUCUAAUCUUUCCUUAAACACCUCUCCUCUCUAGCUCUCUCUGCGUUGCUCUAGGGUUUCGUCGUGCUCUCGGUUUCCUCUUUCCAUCUCUGUGCAGAAGUAGGUAUACUUUUCUUCCUCAAAAUAGCUCAAUGUAUGAUCGUAUUUAAUUAUCUUUCUGCCAUGCAUAUUAACUGUUGAAUCCUUCGAUUUACUUGCUUGCAACUAUAUUAUUUUGUCUAUCGUGUUUGUUCUUCGUUUAUCGCUGAGAACUAGUGAUUAUCUCAACGUUUUUAGCAGAUUACAUCAUCGUCUUUCUCGGAGCAGCUCUGGCUUGUUUCUACCACUAUUUGAUCUAUCUGUUAAAUUAAAAAAAAAAAGUAAACGUUGUCGUGUGUUCUUGUUCUAUGAAAAUUUUGAUUUGUAUUUACCGAGAAAGACUUUCUGUUUUUUUUUUUGUUCCUUGGCUGCUCUGUGAUUUUUGUCUUUUUGGUUUUAAGAGGUCUCUCUCUUUUGCUUCACGCACACUCGCUUUUUACUAGUGGCCUUUCUUAUUUCAUAAAUCUUCAUGUGCACGUAGAUCUCUUCAUUAUUCUCCAUAAUGUUUUAUGUCUUGAUUCUGCCUGUAUGAGGUGUUUUGAUACAUUCUGAUGGUUUAUAUAUAUAUCAUUAUUCUCCAUCUUUUAACGCUAAUGGGUUUUACUUUCUAAACAAACUAUUUUGCUUGAAGAAUCUUGCGUUCAUUCUUUUAUCAUUGCCAUAAACAAAUUGUACACUGGGUGCUGUCUUUUUCUGCUCUUUCUGAGUUUUUUUUGCUUCCCUGCAGAUUAUGGGUUUUGAUAAAGGAAAAGGGCUACCACCUCCUUCCCCACCUGUCGUUCCAUCGAACCUUGUACCUGAAAUACUGGAGCCUAUCAAAAAGAACACUCUUCUUCCAAUGGCCCGGAGAGGCAGCGGGACCAAAGGAGUAAAGACACAUCUUCUUACCAAUCACUUCAGAGUCAAUUUCAACAACUCAAACGGCCAUUUUUUUCAUUACAGUGUUGCGAUUACAUAUGAAGAUGGUCGUCCAGUGGAGGCUAAAGGAAUUGGCAGGAAAAUUCUUGAAAAGGUUCAGGAGACGUAUCGAACUGAUCUAGGAUCCAAAUACUUUGCUUAUGAUGGCGAGAAGACUUUGUUCACCGUUGGUGCUCUUCCCAGCAACAAACUGGAUUUCUCUAUCGUUCUUGAAGACACACCUUCUAGCAGAAAUAACACUGGAAAUGCUAGCCCGAAUGAAUCAAAUGACGCAGACAGGAAAAGAUCGAGGCGACCAAAUCAAUCCAAGAAGUUCAUGGUUGAGAUAAGCUAUGCUGCAAGGAUCCCCAUGCAAGCUAUUGCAAGCGCUCUUCAAGGAAAGGAAACGGAUUAUCUUCAAGAUGCUAUAAGAGUGCUCGAUGUUAUUCUGCGCCAGAGUGCAGCUAGGCAGGGAUGCCUACUUGUUCGCCAGUCAUUUUUUCACAAUGACGUCCAGAACUUUGUACACAUCGGUGGAGGCGUCACUGGUGUGAGAGGCUUCCACUCAAGCUUCAGAACUACUCAGGGAGGCUUGUCCUUGAAUAUCGACACUUCAACUACGAUGGUAGUACAACCAGGCCAUGUCGUUGAUUUCCUUCUUGUAAAUCAGAAUGUGAAAGACCCAAAGUAUCUUGACUGGAAUAAGGAUAGACGUGCUCUCAAGAAUCUUAGAGUACAGGUUACCCCCUCAAAUAGAGAAUACAAGAUAACUGGACUAAGUGAAGAGCGCUGCAAAGAUCAAAUGUUUACUCGGAAUUCUAAAAACGAGAAGGGGGAAGUUGAGGAAGUUCAGACUACAGUAUACAAGUACUUCACCGAGUUUCGCGGUAUUCCACUGCGAUAUUCAGGUGACUUUCCUUGCAUCAAUGUUGGUAAGCCAAAACGCCCAACAUUCAUUCCUAUUGAGCACUGUGAACUUGUGAGUCUACAGCGUUACACAAAAUCGCUUAAUAGUCUUCAGAGGGCUUCACUGGUAGAAAAGUCUAGGCAGAGGCCACCUGAAAGGAUGGCUUCACUAACCAAUGGUCUGAAGAAGAGCAACUAUAAUGCUGACCUGGUGUUGCAAGAAAGUGGUGUCAGCAUUGGCUCUAGCUUCACUCAAGUGGAGGGACGUGUUUUACCAGCACCAAGGCUGAAAGUAGGCAAUGGAGAGGAGUUUCAACCUCGCGAUGGGCGUUGGAACUUCAAUUAUAAGAAACUUGUUGAGCCAGUCACCGUUACUAAAUGGGCUGUUGUGAACUUCUCUGCUCGGUGUGAUACAAAUAGGCUUAUUUCUGACUUGAUUAGAUGUGGAAGGAUGAAAGGAAUCAACGUAGAUCCUCCAUACAAAGUCGUAUUUCAAGAAGAUCCUAAUUAUAGGGGUGCACCAGCCAAUAUCAGAGUAGAAAAGAUGUUCGAGCAGAUGCAAUCUGAACUCAGAAAAGAAGGAAUAGAAGGAAAGCCAAAAUUCAUUCUUUGCAUUCUUGCCGAAAAGAAAAACUCUCUUGUUUAUGGGCCUUGGAAGAGGAGAAAUCUUGUUGAAGAAGGAAUUGUGACGCAGUGUAUUGCUCCUACCCCCAAAAUAAAUGAUCAGUAUCUCACCAAUGUUCUCCUCAAGAUAAAUGCCAAGCUUGGUGGACUGAACUCCCUGUUAGCUAUGGAGCGCUCACCACGAGCAAUGAUGCCUUUAGUAACGCAAGUUCCUACCUUCAUUGUUGGCAUGGAUGUAUCCCAUGGUUCCCCUGGCCAGUCUGACAUACCAUCAGUUGCUGCUGUUGUGGGAUCCAUAGAAUGGCCACUUAUCUCAAAAUAUAGGGCGUGUGUGCGCACACAAUCUCGGAAAGUGGAAAUGAUUGAUAAUCUCUUCAAACCCGCCACUAACGAAAAGGGAGAACCCGUUGAUGAUGGAAUUUUCAGUGAGCUCUUGUGGGACUUUUACUUAAGCUCGAAGAAGAGAAAACCUGAGCACAUUAUCAUUUUCAGGGAUGGUGUGAGUGAGUCUCAGUUCAAUCAAGUUCUUAACAUUGAAUUGGAUCAGAUGAUGCAGGCAUGCAAGUUUGUUGAAGAAAAUUGGGAACCCAAGUUCACAGUGAUCAUUGCCCAAAAGAACCACCACACCAAGUUCUUCCAGGCUGAAGGCCCUGGCAAUGUUCCUCCAGGAACGAUAAUUGAUAGCAAGAUUUGUCACCCACGCAACAAUGACUUCUAUCUCUGUGCCCAUAAUGGAAUGAUUGGAACUACAAGGCCAACACAUUACCAUGUGCUCUAUGAUGAGAUUGGAUUUUCGACAGAUGACCUCCAAGAACUUGUUCAUUCUCUAUCCUAUGUCUACCAGAGGAGCACCACUGCCAUCUCAGUCGUUGCACCUGUUUGUUAUGCUCAUUUGGCGGCUGCACAGAUGGGAACCGUGAUGAAGUUUGAGGACAUGUCUUUGUCUGAGACAUCAUUGACCCAUGGCGGGAUCACAAUACCUGGAGCAGUCCCUGUGCCACCAAUGCCAAAGUUGAACGUGAAUGUUGCAAGCUCCAUGUUCUUCUGCUAAAGGAAACGUCAAGCCCAAGGCAUUUUAGUUUAUUUUGGUUAUGACUGACAAAACUUUUAAAUGC